UUUGAUUCACAGCUACGAGCUAGGCCUUUAUGAACUCUACGUCUUCGACAUCCACUCAGAACUUUUCCGAAUUCCCCCUUCCCUCUCACGCCAGAAACUCUUCUACAAGCUCCCACUGGCCUUCAGAUAACGGGGCGUACUAUCACCAGCAAAAUUCGCAUCACAAUCAGGUUCCUAUACAGCCGAGACCGCAAAUCAAGCGCGAGCCUCAGCCGAUCCUUCCUCUUCUUCCUGACCACAAAUCGAACUUGAAUAAACAAGAGAUGGAAGAUUCUAUGCCCGCUACCAGCGAUUUUGUCAAGAAAUUGUACAAAAUGCUGGAGGACAAAUCAUUCCAGCACGUCGUAUGUUGGGGUCCUGCAGGUGACUGUUUUGUCGUCAAAGACAUGAACGAGUUUACAAAGUCUAUAUUACCGAAACUUUUCAAACAUUCAAAUUUUGCAAGUUUCGUCCGUCAGCUCAACAAGUAUGACUUCCACAAGGUCAAGAACACCGAUGACAAUUCAUUUGGGGAACACGCAUGGACAUUCCGGCAUCCAGACUUCCACGCUGAUCGCCGUGAAGCAUUGGAAAAUAUCAAACGCAAAGUUCCCACCUCACGCAAAUCGACUGGCACCAGCUCCGUGGCCACUACUCGGCCUUUAGCUGAUGGUCAGAGUAGAGCCGGAGGGAGCGGGAGCAGGAGUGGAAGCCCUGGUCCCAGUGGAUAUUACGGCCAAGGCCAAGGCCAUUAUUCAGAUUCAUAUCAAAUCAAUACUCUCCAAACCCAAAUUGACCGACUGACGGCGUCUCAUGAGGAGUUGUCCUCACAUAUACGGAGUUUGGAGAGGAAUAUCGGUGGUUUAGAGCGGAAUUUGGGUGGCUUGGAGAGAAACUACCAUGAGGUUCUAGUUGAAAUGGUUGGGUUUCAACGAAACAUGUCCCAGCAAGACACCGUCAUGCAAGGACUGGUCGAGUGGGUUUUGCGAACUGGGCCAGGGGGAGGUGAGGGCAAAGGCAAAGGUCCGGCUCUAGACCUCUCUUCGAGCUCCACAUCCCAAUUAGACUUUCCUCCCUCAACUUCAACAGCACCUUCCGCCGCUUCCCUCCCAUCCCUACCUAACUUCUCGCAACCUCAGCGGUCACCGCCAUUCGGUGACUCGACAUCCGCUCCUCCUCCUCCCGACUUUCGAGAUGCCAAGGGAAAGACGGCUUCGACGACCCUGAAUGAGCUCAGUAGGAGAGUGAACGAGCUCGGUCCGCAGGGGAGCAGUGGUAGUAGUGAACGUGAUCCAAUGCAGAGACCGCCAUCGAGGAUUUGGACUGCCGCUGCGAAUGCGGGGUUGAUCAAUCCUGAUGGGACGUUAGGCUCAGGCCCAGGUUCAGGUCCAGGUUCAGGUACCGGAGCCGGUGAGUUUGGGGUGGGCUUCGGUGGUCCCACUGGUCCUGGCUCUGGUGGAAAUGGUCAAACCACCCAGAUGGGUCCGGGGGGAACAGAUGUAUCUCCCCGCCCAGUAAAGAUCACGUCUAGACAAGAGGCGUUGGAGAGGAUUGAAGAGCUUCAGAAGAUGAGACCUGCAAGUGCGGGGUUUUUAAGCAACGCAGCUGCCAAGCUGGUUGGUGGUCUGGAUAUGUUUGGGAUGUUACGGUCCACUGGGCAGUUGUCGACAUCCAGGGAGGAACAGCGGACGGAAAAAGAACGGAAUGAGGACCGCAAUGAAGGUUCGUCCUCUGAAAUGGAAGAUAUGGUUAUGCCGACGACGAGUUCUGGUGCCGGGCGUUCUUCUUCACAACAACAUCAAGGAGGUUACCUGUUGGGAGCUGCGGCGACAUCUGCGACGAGAUCUGGUCCUUGGUCGCACACCGGUGAAAGGACUGCUUCGACUUCGAGCACCUCCCCGAGUAGCGCUAGCGAUCCGGCUUCUAGUUCGCUCUUCCAAGACUUUGCGAGUACGGGAAUGACAUUGAAUGAUCAUGCUGCUUUGGAGGUUUACACGGUAGGCCAUUUGAUGCCCAAGAGUGCGGUGGAUGAUAUGAGUGGAAAUUGGUCGUUUGAUAAUUCGUUGAUGGGAAGUGGGAGUGGGAAUACAAGGUUGUUCAAUGGCGGUUCGACAGGCGGUACGAAGAAACUCAGCGUCCGUCGGUCAACAUUCGUACCAGGCUGGACGGUAUCGCCGAGGGUGUUAUUGGUGGACGACGAUGCAGUCAGUCGAAAACUUAGCAGCAAGUUCUUGCAGGUAUUUGGAUGUAAGAUUGAUAUUGCUGUCGAUGGUGUCGGAGCGGUGAAUAAGAUGAAUUUGGAAAAGUAUGAUCUGGUACUGAUGGACAUUGUGAUGCCCAAGUUGGACGGAGUGUCGGCGACCUCCAUGAUACGGAAAUUUGACCAUAUGACCCCUAUCAUCUCAAUGACGAGCAAUGCCAAACCGAAUGAGAUAAUGACCUAUUAUUCCUCAGGGAUGAAUGAUAUCCUACCAAAGCCCUUCACAAAACAAGGGAUGUUGGACAUGCUCGAGAAACAUCUCAUGCAUCUCAAGGUAAUCCAACAAAUGUCUCGCGUUCCUAGGUCCCUCGGAAUUCCACCACUGUCAGAUGCUAGUUUUGAACAAGCCAUGACUUCCCAAGCUGCUCUCUUCCAACAACAGCAGCAGCAACAACAACAACAGCAAAACAUGGUGAACGGAUUAUUGGGAAUUCCCCCAGGAUCCCCGUCCUCUUCCUCCGGAAUGCUAUUUGACCCUGGCAAUCCAUCUCUUUCCCUCACUACUUCCAACGACAGAGACGAUUAUUUUACUCCUUCAAAUCCAUUUGCCGGGAUGGGUUUGACAGACGAGCAGUAUAAUACGAUCUUGGCGGGAUUGGUUAGUGGGGAAUCGUUUUCGGGAAGUAUGGGUGUGAUGGGGAUGCCCAGUAAUAACUUCGAUUCGUCUGGUGGGAUGGGACAAAAACGGCCGUUGGAUGAUCGCGACCUGAGUAUGAGAAGUGCUAAGAGGGGGAGGUUCGAAGUGGUAGAGUAAAGAACCGUUUUGGAACGUCAACUAAGUGGUAUGCAGGGAGUUGGUCGCUCUUUCGUUUUAUUUUCCUGUUCCUUUCGGGCUUCUAGAGACUCGAUAAUGUAAUAUUCUAGCCGUUUUUCUAACGUUCAUAGUUUUGUGUAGCUCUUACUCCUCUUACUUUUCCUCGCUGUCUACUCGUUAUCGUCGGGGUGGUAUCAUGUUCUGUAUUUUAGUAUCUGUCUGUAUUUGUAAUGUUCAAAAAUAUGUUUGAAACUUC